CUUCCCCCAGGCUCUCCACCUUUUUCCACGCACAGCACACGCACUCCGUUCUCAUCCCCGCAGCCAAUAAGGGCCUGAUGAUCUCAAGUAUCACUAUAGCACCAGGACUUAUUCUCUGAGCGGAGCCCACAAAUUCUUACAGACCUUAUCUUCAUCGCUGAGGGAGCUGCUCUUCCUCCUGAGGGUUUGAAGUCUGCUGUCACCAUGUCUGACACCGAAGAAGUGUAUGAGGACGAGGAAGCCCAGGAGGAGGUAGAAGUAGAAGUAGCCCCUGAGGCGGAGGCCCAGGUAGAGGCAGAGCCAGAAGUAGAGCCUGAACCAGAGCCAGAACCAGAGCCAGAGCCUCAGGAGGUGCAGCAAGUGGUUCCUGAGGAGGAAGAGGCCUAUGAAGAGGAAGGGGAAGAUGGAGAUCAAGAUGAGGAGAAGCCAAAGUUCAAACCCAGUGCCCCAAAGAUCCCUGAUGGAGAGAAAGUGGACUUUGAUGACAUUCAGAAGAAACGGCAGAACAAGGAUCUGGUCGAGCUUCAGUCGCUGAUCGAUGCUCACUUUGAGUGCAGGAAGAAGGAGGAGGAGGAGCUCAUCGCUCUCAAAGAAAGAAUUGAAAAGCGCCGUGCAGAGCGAGCUGAGCAGCAAAGGAUUCGUGCAGAGAAAGAUAAAGAGCGACAGGCGCGGCGUGAGGCUGAGAGGAUAAGAAAAGAGGAGGCAGAUUUACAGAGGAGAGCUGACGAUGACGCCAAAAAGAAAAUCGCUCUCACCAACAUAGGAUCAGGGUUCAGCAGUCACCUGCAGAAGAUUGACGCAAAGAGAGGCAAGAAGCAGACUGAAAGAGAGAAGAAGAAGAAGGUUUUGGCGGAGAGAAUCAAACCGCUGAGCGUCGACAGCCUCACAGACGACCAGCUGAGGGAAAAGGCCAAAGAGCUGUGGGAUUGGCUGACUAACCUGGAGGCAAUUAAAUACGACCACUGCGAGAUGCUCAAGAGACAAAGAUAUGAGGUCAUCUCUCUCAGAAACCGCAUCGAUGAGCUGCAGAAACACAGCAAGAAGGGAGCCGCCUCACGCCGCAGGAAGUGAGCAGCGACGAGGAAAGCUCAGCCUCGGUCAUGACAGCAGCUCAGACUCUGAUGGCUACAACUGGAUGUCUUAGUUCCUGUAUCUGCUUAAGUGCAUAAAUGAAGCUUCAAUAAAGUGUUUGAAAGACGACUAUA